AUGGAGAAAGAGGAGCAUAUUGCCAAAGAGGGACAUGGGAAAAAGGAGGCUGAACGCUGUGGGAAUAAAUUUUGUCUGGCUGAAGAAAAACAGCAACAAUUUAUGGAACACGGAGUAUUAAUUCUCGCGUCUUCGCAUGCGAAUGAGACGCGCGUCUCACGAUUCUUCAUCUCCACAACAAAGGCGAACACAGGGGAAAUUUCCCCAAAGUCCAUGGUGAAAAAUUUUCAUUAUCACACUUUCCUAAUCACGCUACCAAAUUCGUUUCUCCCCUUCAAAUUCAGCCUCUUUUGCGCCAUCUGUGGCCGAACAUUGCACCUUCGGCGACUGCCAUCAGCUGUUCCCCCAAAUUCGCUCCUGGCGCGUCACUGUGGAUUGUUUACGUGUCUCUCGUGCACAUCCUGCUCGUGCGUGAGCUCUCAUCGUCUGCCCGACAUGUCCGCGCGAAAGAGGGUGUGCGUGGUGGUGCUGGGCGACAUCGGGCGCAGCCCGCGAAUGCAGUAUCACGUGAAGAGUCUCUUGGAGCACAACUUCGCAGUGGAUCUCGUGGGCUACCUGGACACGACACCCAUCGCGGCAAUCGCGACCAGUGAGCAAGUGAAGAUCCACGAGCUGAAUCCCUUCCCGAAUCUCGAACUGCCGCGCCUCAUUAACUACGUGACAAAGACUAUUUGGCAGUUCCUCACGCUCCUCGUGGCGCUCCUGUCAAUCUCCCGGCCACACCUGAUGCUGUGCCAGAACCCGCCGGCCAUCCCGACUCUCGUGGUGUGCUACUACUACUGCUGGGUGCGGAACACGCGUCUGCUGGUGGACUGGCACAACUACACGCACUCCAUCCUGGCGCUCACGUCCGCGGAGACGAGUUUGCUGGUGCGCCUGGCGCGCUGGAUUGAGGGCUACUACGGCCGUCGCAGCGCCGGCAAUCUGUGCGUCACGGAGGCGAUGAAGCGGAAUCUGCUGGAAGUGUGGGACAUCAAGGCAACUGUGCUCUACGAUCGCCCGCCAGAGCACUUCCGCCCGAUCACGCUGGAGGAGAAGCACGAGCUGUUCGUGCGCCUCUCUGAGACCAUUCCGCAGUUCCUCACGCGCUCCCCGGACGACUUCAAGGAGAGCGGCGUGCUGGAGUCCACCAACUUCACGCAGAAGCUCAGCAGCGGCGCAAUUCUCGUGAAGCCCAACCGGCCGGGAAUUGUCAUCUCCAGCACCAGCUGGACACCCGACGAGGACUUUGGCGUGCUGCUGCAGGCACUGCAGCUGUACGAGGACCACGCGGCCCAGCAGCCGGACAUCUUCCCGGAUCUGGUGUGCGUGAUCACAGGCAAGGGGCCGCAGAAGGAGCACUACAUGACGCUGCUGGGCGAGAAGCGCUGGCGGCACGUGUCCGUGUCGGCGCCCUGGCUCGAGAAUCAAGACUACCCCAGGCUCCUGGCCGCCGCCGACCUCGGCGUGUGCCUCCACUGGAGUUCCAGCGGCCUGGACUUACCCAUGAAGGUGGUGGACAUGUUCGGAUGCGGGCUGCCCGUGUGCGCCAUCAACUUCAAAUGCCUCGACGAGCUUCUGCAACAUAGAAAGAAUGGCUUUGUUUUCGACACUCCUCAGCAGCUUUUCCAGCACCUUUGCUACUGGUUCGAGCGUUUCCCGGACAACAUCGCCCUGACACCCGUGAAGGACGAGAUGGAGCGCCACUUGAGGACGUUCCAGCGCCUUCGGUGGCAGGACAAUUGGGACAGAGAGGCGCUUACGUACUUCCAAUGAAAAAGUCUCCAAGUGAAGAAAUCACACCUUAUGAAUUCCACAAA